CUUCUAGUUUAUUAUUAUUUCUUGAGAAAAUAUUGCUGGGUUGAUUACAAAAUGGUGCCUGUGGUUGUGCAGAAGAGGGCUUUGCACAGUACUGAUGAGGCCAAGGCUGCCGUGAGCUAACUUGCAUUUUUCUAUCAGCCGAGGGUGUGGUGAUAGCUGAGAACAGAAAGAUUGUGAGUUAGCUGAGCAAGAAGGCUACCUGUCCCAGACCAAAAAGAAAGGCAGACACAUAGCUUAUCUGCUGUUUUCUCUUUGCUUUCCUGUACUCCUGCCAGCCUGACCCUUUCUCUUCAGUUAGGACUCCACAGAUAGCAUUAAAAUAAGAAUUCUUCUUUUACCAAGGACCUGCCAACAUGGGGCACGUUCACACCAAAACUGUGAAGAAGGUGGCCCGGGUCAUCACACAAAAGUAUUACAUGUGCGUAGGUAACAACUUCCACAGAAACAAGUGCGUGUGUGAGGAGAUGGCCAUUGUCCCCAGCAAGAAGCUCCGUAAUAACAUAGCAGCCUGUGUCAAGCAUCUGAUGAAGCGGAUGCAGACAGGCCCAUUGAGAGGUGUUUCCAUUAAGCUUCAGGAGAAGGAGAGAGAAAGGAGAGACAAUUAUGUUCCCAAGGUCUCAGCCCCGAAUCAGAUCAUUGAAGUAGAUCCUGACACUGAGGAAAUGCUGAAGCUUUUGGACUGUGGCAGUCCAUCCCACCUGCCGAUCACUCAGUCUACAGUUGGAAUGAAUUUCAAAAUGCCCCUGGGGGCUGUUUGA